AGUGCUCCAGGCUCUCACUGGGAGCUGCUGGGGCCCGGCAGCAUCCGCUGCACCAGGACUCCAGCCUGGCAUGGUUCGGGGGCUCAUGGGGAACUGUGCCAAGCGGCCCCGGCACCGGGGUCCCAAGGACCCCUGGCAAUGGCCCAAUUCCCCCAGAGGGGGCUCCUGCUACAGUGCCGGUGCCCGCCCCGAGGAGCAGGGGGGCGUCCAGGGUUACUCGGUGCUUGGUGGCCUGGUGGGCCCGGCCUGCAUCUUCCUUCGGCCCAGCAUUGCCGCCACCCAGCUCGAUCGGGACCUGCGGCCUGAGGAGAUUGAAGAGCUGCAGGUCGCCUUCCAGGAAUUUGAUCGAGACCGGGAUGGCUACAUCGGCUAUCGGGAGCUGGGUGCAUGCAUGCGGACCCUGGGCUACAUGCCCACAGAGAUGGAGCUCAUCGAGAUCUCCCAGCAAAUCAGUGGUGGGAAGGUGGACUUUGAAGACUUCGUGGAGCUGAUGGGCCCCAAGCUGCUGGCGGAAACAGCAGACAUGAUCGGCGUCAGGGAGCUUCGAGAUGCCUUUCGGGAGUUUGACACCAACAGGGACGGCUGCAUCAGCAUCGGGGAGCUCAGAGCCGCCCUCAAGGCCCUGCUGGGGGAGCGUCUCAGCCAGCGGGAGGUGGAUGAGAUUCUGCAGGACAUCGACCUCAACGGAGACGGCCUGGUUGACUUCGAAGAGUUUGUGCGAAUGAUGUCUCGCUGAGCCUGUACAGAAGCCAGAGGCAGCGAACAGCACUGGAGGACCAUGGCCUCUUCAGACUGAGUGUGCUCCCUCAAGCCCGUCCUGAGCAGCCGAGAUCCUCCUCCCUCUCUGCCUGCCCCGCCCCUUACCCCAUCUCUGUUUCUCUGACAAUAAAGCAUCAGCAAG